CGCCGCCGCCGCCGCCGCCGUCGUCGUCGCCGCCGUCGUCGUCGUCGUCGUCGUGUGUGCGGUUAGUGUGACACAGCCGAGCAGUGCUGGCUAUCGUACACUUGGAUCCACCGGCGAGACUGUGCCCGACUGACUAACAGACACACACACAUACACACCUAUACAGGAUUAACGCGCUCGGCAUGGCUGCCCCAGCCGCCUGCACGCGGUUUAGUGACAACUAUGAUCUCAAGGAGGAACUCGGCAAAGGCGCCUUCUCCGUGGUACGCCGAUGCGUUCAAAAGAGUUCCGGUCUCGAGUUUGCAGCAAAAAUUAUCAAUACCAAGAAACUCUCGGCGAGAGAUUUCCAGAAGCUCGAGCGCGAGGCACGGAUAUGUAGGAAAUUGCAGCAUCCAAAUAUCGUGAGACUACACGAUAGCAUACAAGAGGAAAACUAUCACUAUCUUGUCUUUGACUUAGUCACCGGCGGAGAGCUUUUCGAGGACAUCGUUGCAAGAGAAUUUUACAGCGAGGCGGAUGCCUCCCAUUGUAUUCAACAAAUCUUGGAAAGCGUCCACCACUGCCACCAUAACGGAGUUGUGCACAGGGACUUGAAACCAGAAAAUUUACUUCUUGCAAGUAAAGCAAAAGGUGCGGCUGUGAAAUUAGCAGAUUUCGGAUUGGCGAUCGAGGUGUCCGGUGAAUCGCAAGCAUGGUAUGGUUUCGCUGGAACGCCCGGCUACCUCAGUCCGGAAGUCUUGAAGAAAGAGCCUUACGGGAAACCCGUCGACAUUUGGGCAUGCGGCGUCAUUCUUUACAUUCUUCUUGUUGGUUACCCGCCAUUUUGGGACGACGAUCAACACCGACUGUACGCUCAAAUAAAGGCAGGCUCCUACGAUUAUCCAAGCCCAGAAUGGGACACCGUCACGCCAGAAGCAAAGAAUCUUAUCAAUCAAAUGUUAACGGUGAAUCCAAGCAAAAGGAUCACCGCGAACGAGGCAUUGAAGCAUCCAUGGAUCUGCCAACGUGAGCGUGUUGCAUCGGUGGUGCAUAGGCAAGAGACUGUGGAUUGCUUGAAGAAAUUCAAUGCAAGACGCAAAUUAAAGGGCGCUAUUUUGACGACGAUGUUGGCGACGCGGAACUUUUCCAGUAAGUAUGAUGCACAGGGUCGAAGCAUCAUCACGAAGAAGGGCGAUGGCUCUCAGGUGAAGGAAUCCACCGACAGCAGCACAACGAUCGAGGAUGACGAUGUCAAAGAGGAUAAGAAGGGCGGCGUCGACCGGAGCAGCACGGUCAUUGCCAAAGAACCCGAAGGAUCGAGUUCCGGCGGUGGUGUAACGCCGAGCAAUCCAGGAGGCGCACUUUUCUCCUUGGUAGAUAGCACUACGUGCGGUCUCCUCAACAAGCAACCUACUACCAGUCAGGGCCAAGCACAGGCACAAAUUCUAAAUCAGAGCCAAGUUGGUUCGAGUCAAGUGACUGGUCAAGCGACGAGUCAGCCGACGGGUCAGGCUCAAGUACAGGCCACGGCCAGUCCUCUCGGAUUAGCCGCUGUACUCCUUCAGGGAGCGCAAGCUGGCAGCACAGGAAGCGUGGGCAGCGGUUCGAGCAGUUCGAGCGGCAACAGCCAGAACAGUCAAACCGGGGCGUCGCCCUCCUCAACGGCCACGGUUUACCUCAGCAACGCCAACAACGCGCCGACGGGGGUGCCGUCGCGACGCCAUGACUCCUCGGCCACCGACAUAAGAAUCGUGUGUCCUAUCAAGACCUGCAGCCAGCUUUCGACGAACUCCCAGUGCUCAGCACGUCGUCAAGAGAUCAUCAAAAUGACGGAGCAAUUGAUCGAGAGUAUCAGUACCGGUGACUUCGAGGGUUACACGAAAAUCUGUGAUCCACACUUGACCGCAUUUGAGCCAGAGGCUCUAGGUAAUUUAGUCGAGGGAAUGGAUUUCCACAAAUUUUACUUUGAUAAUGCGGUCCUCGGGAAGAACUGCAAGGCCGUCAACACGACGAUCCUGAAUCCACACGUGCACUUGCUCGGUGAGGAUGCUGCGUGUAUCGCUUACGUCAGGCUCACACAGUAUAUGGACAAGCAAGGGGUAGCACACACUCACCAAAGCGAAGAGAGCCGCGUCUGGCACAAGAGGGAUAACAAGUGGCAGAACGUGCAUUUUCAUCGGAGCGCGGUGACGGGGCCAACGUCGUUCUCCUUCAGUCACAAAUAAACCGUCUGAAUAUUAUAUUAGCAUCAAGCCGGGAUGCUGUUGUUCGUCGCUCCGCAACAUACCAACAACGCAACGUUGCAUCAUCCGGAUUAGAAAAAAGCACGAGAGAA